AUGAGACCUCUGGUGGAUGAGUUGAAUGAGUUGUGGAAAAAUGGUGCAUUAUCUUACGAUGCCGUAACUGGUGAGUCUUUCCAAAUGCGUGCAGCUUUGAUGUGGACUAUACACGAUUGGCCCGCAUUUGGUGACAUAUCUGGAUGGAGAACAAAGGGUCAUUAUUCUUGCUACACUUGCAAUGAUGAACCAUAUUUUCAAUCCUUGAAAGGUAAGACUGCAUACACUAACCAUCGAUGCUACUUGCCUCAAAACCACCCCGAAAGGCGAAAGAGUAAGGCUUACAAUGGUAAGCAUGAGAAGCGAAAGAGAUCUUUAAAGUUACCAGUGGAAAAGAUAUUAGAGCAAUUGGACAGAGUGACAGGUGUCACAUAUGGAAAGCAUCCAAGAAAUAAGAAAAGACUCCGUCAGGCACCAAAUUGGACAAAGGUAAGCAUCUUGUAUGAGUUACCAUACUGGAAGAAACAGAAGCUUCGACAUAACAUUGAUGUUAUGCACGUCGAGAAGAAUUUUAGUGAAAAUACCUUUGGAACUAUGUUAGGCAUUGAUGGAAAGAACAAAGACACCGACAAAGCACGGAUGGACUUGGAAGAUAUGGGUAUAAGGAAAGAGUUGUGGUUAACACGUCGUCCUGAUGGAACUUAUGUCAAACCUAGGGCAAUCUUUUCAUUGACCCCUGAAGAGAGGGAGGGUUUCUUUGAAUUCUUGAAAUCAGUGAAGUAUCCGGAUGGCUAUGCUGCAAACAUAUCAAGAUCAGUGAAUACGAGAAAUGGUAAAUUAACAGGCUUGAAAAGUCAUGACUGCCAUGUACUCAUACAACGGACUCUUCCAAUUGGGAUGCAUGGCUUCGUAGACAAAGAGAUUAGUAAAACGCUAUUUGAGUUAGGUAGCUUUUUCCAAGAUUUGUGCUCAAGGACACUGCGCCGUAAUGAACUUGAGAAAUUAGAGGAACGUAUAGUACACAUAUUAUGCAAGCUUGAAAAGAUCUUUCCUCCAGCCUUCUUUGAUGUGAUGGUUAACUUGGCCGUUCACUUGCCGCGUGAGGCUAUUCUUGGAGGACCGGUGCAAUAUCCAUGGAUGUACCGGAUUGAAAGGUUUCUCGGAGCUUUAAAAAAGUUUGUUACAAACCGAGCUCGACCAGAAGGUUCAAUCGCAGAGGCUUACAUUGUCAAAGAGUGCAUUACUUUUUGUUCAAUGUAUGUUGAUGGGAUCGAAACAGUGCAUAAUCGACUCGAACGAAAUCAAGAUUGUGGCGAACGUCGCAAAGGGUUAACUGUAUUCACAGAAACUGCCCGUCCUAUUGGCCUAAUCACAAGGGAUGCUGAUAUGUCACAAGAAUAUCGUGAUAUGGCUCAUUGGUUCUUGUUGAACAAUAGCUCCGAGAUAGAGAAAUAUCUAGAGAUACACAAAAAUCUAUUACGGACUCCAUCUGACCAAGGCAUAACCCGUAUACAACAACAAGAGUUUCCCAAGUGGUUCAAAGAGCGGAUAAAUAUAUUGACAGAAGAAAAGUCACCAGAAGCAACCAAUGAUUUAUGGUCAUUAGAAAAUGGCCCAAAUUUGUUAGUAAAAGAGUACUCAGGUUGCAUAAUCAAUGGCGUACGGUUUCGUACAAGAGAAGUAGACAAUCGCCGUAAGAGUCAGAAUAGUGGUGUGCUUACGGAAGGGGAUCAUGAGGGAGUGACGCAUGAAUUUUAUGGUCACUUGUGCAAUGUUUGGGAAUUGGAGUACAUCUGUCAUAACAAAGUUGUAUUGUUCCAGUGUGAAUGGUACAACACAGGAAACACAGGUCAAAGUAGAACAUUGCGAACCGAUGAUUAUUGCACAAGUAUUGAUGUCACAAGUCGGUGGUAUCAACACGACCCUUUCAUCUUGCCUAGCCAAGCUAAGCAAGUCUUUUACCUGAAUGAUACCAAAUGGGGACAACCUUGGCAAGUCGUUCAACGAGUGCAACAUAGGGGUGUCUUUGAUGUACCAGAGGUAGGUGACGAAGAAUCAUUACAUGAACCAGAAAAAAACGAUGUGUUCCAACAAGAAAAUAUUACCAAUGUUGUUCCAAUUGACAUCGGCCCUAAUGUUCAAUGUUAUAGAGAUGGUGUUGAAGCAGAAGUUGUUACAAGGGUUAGGUCAUCUGAUGAAACAAUGAUAGAGAAUAGAGUUGACAAACAAAAUGAAGAGUGUGACGAACCUGAUGUGGAUUACGAUAUGGAUCUUGAUGUAGACUAG